UAAUGGCAGACACAUUUGAUCACAGCAUUAUUUCAGUUGGAGAAGAGGAAGGAAUGGGCAAUUUCCAACGUUCUCUUCCAACACGAGAGUCACUCCGAUCCCCUCGGGGCUCUUCUGUGAGUUUCCAUAAUAUCCAGUACUCCGUUAAGCAGUCAAGUGGAUUCCUAUGUAAACGGAAAACUGUGGAAAAGAAGAUCCUUCAUAAUGUUUAUGGCAUUAUGAAGCCAGGCUUGAAUGCUAUCCUGGGGCCAACAGGGAGUGGUAAAUCUUCUCUCCUAGAUGUGCUGGCUGCCAGAAAGGACCCAGCAGGCCUGUCUGGAGAAGUGCUUAUAGAUGGCAUCCCACAACCUCCAAAUUUCAAGUGCAUCUCAGGAUAUGUUGUGCAGGAUGAUGUUGUCAUGGGCACAAUGACAGUGAGGGAGAACCUGCACUUCUCUGCUGCCCUGCGACUCCCCAGCUCCAUCAGUGUUAAAGAGAAGGAAGAGCGAGUCACCCAGAUAAUCAGUGAGCUGGGAUUAAGCAAAGUGGCUGAUGCUAAGGUAGGAACUGAAUUGAUCCGGGGAGUGUCUGGAGGGGAACGGAAGAGAACCAACAUUGGGAUGGAGCUCAUCACAGAGCCACCAGUCCUUUUUCUGGAUGAGCCAACAACUGGCCUUGAUGCCAGCACAGCCAAUGCAGUCCUCAUCCUCUUGAAGAAGCUCUCGAGAAGAGGGCGAACCAUCAUAUUUUCCAUCCAUCAGCCCCGCUAUUCCAUAUUCAAGCUGUUUGACAGUCUCACAUUACUAGCUCUGGGAAAGGUGCUGUACCAUGGUCCUGCGAAGCAGGCCCUGGAGUACUUUAGUUCUAUUGGAUACGAAUGUGAACCCUUCAACAAUCCGGCUGACUUCUUCCUUGAUAUCAUAAAUGGUGAUUCAACUGCUGUGGCAGCAAGCAAGGAAGACCACAGACCUGUGGACACAGGAAAAGAAGAUAAUGUGGACAGCAGCGUGGUAGAUGUGCUGCACCAGAAAUAUCUCAACUCCAGUCUGUAUCAGAGCACAAAGGAAGCACUGAGGAAAGUGGAGCUUAGACGGGGAAGCAAGCAGAGAGUAUCCACACAGGGGCAUGAGAUUACCUACGCAAAUGGAUUCCUCACCCAGCUGUAUUGGGUGUCCAGUCGUUCCCUGAAAAACCUCAUCAGGAACCCACAGGCCUCCGUUGCACAAAUUGCAGUGACCAUAAUUCUAGCCUUGGUUGUGGGUGCUAUCUUUUUCGGUGUAAAAUUGGAUCGAAGUGGCAUUCAGAAUCGGGUUGGAUCCUUGUUUUUUGUCACCACAAACCAGUGUUUUUCCAGUGUCUCUGCAAUUGAGCUGUUCAUCAGAGACAAGAAACUAUUUGUCCAUCAGUACACCAGUGGAUAUUACCGUGUGUCUGCCUACUUCCUGGCCUUGAUGAUAGGAGAUCUGCUGCCCAUGAGAACUGCUCCAGCCAUCAUAUUCUCAUGCAUCAGUUACUGGAUGAUUGGGUACCAAGCUGUUGCAGGCCGGUUCUUCUUCUUCAUGCUGACCCUGGUACUGGUGUCCUACACUGCCACAGCCAUGUCUCUGGCUAUCAGUGCUGGGAUGGAUGUGGUGGCUGUGGCAAAUCUGCUCAUCACUAUUUGUUUUGUCCUGAUGCUUAUCUUCUCAGGCCUCUUAGUAAACCUCCCUUCUGUAAUGGGCUGGCUGAACUGGCUCAAGUACUUCAGCAUCCCUCGAUAUGGCCUUACAGCUCUUCAAGUGAAUGAGUUCAGAGAUCUCUACUUCUGUGGUGAGAAAAAUCCAAAUGUUACAGCAUCUGUAGGAGAUGCAGGCAGUUGUCUGCCCAGUAUUUCAGGAGAAAUAUGUUCUGGUGAAGCAUACCUGUGCAGCCAAGGAAUUGCACCUACCAACUGGGCAAUGUGGGAAAACAUAGUGGCUCUCAUCUGCAUGACUGUUGUCUUCCUUACCAUUGCCUAUGCAAAACUCCGGUUUAUGAGAAAGUUCACAUAGACUCCUGUGUUGCCUUGCUCUGCAGCUUCUCUGGUCUUAGAACUGCAAAGCUUGUUAGGGCCUACUGGAGAUUGCCAAAAGAUUUCAACUGAUUUUAUUGGACUUCAGAUGUCCGUGUCCCCUUGUUUCUGGAGCAUGAUCUCCACCUGAUUAUAUGAUUUUGGUUUUUAAGAAGAAAUGCAUUAAUGUAAAUUGCAUAAGUGAUUUUUUUUUUUUUGGUAAGAGAAUACAAUUCUCAUAAUUCCUUA